AUAAGGCUCACAAAAAUUGGAAUCAGUUACUCGUUCACAUCCGAGUUGAUCAGACGUGAAAAUUCGACUCCCAUUCGAAAGUCAUCAUCCAUUCAGAAUGACUCCAACCGAAGGAAAUCUGGCUCAACAAACCGAGGAAAUUGAGGUUCUAUCAUCCAUUUUUCUGGACAGGGUCACUGUUCAUAGCAGUACUCAAUUCGACGUGAGAAUCGAACCCGAAGCCGUGUUACGGGUGACCUUCCCUUCUACCUAUCCGUCCGAGAUGCUUCCCAUCUUUGAGUUGUCGGCUCCGAUGUUAUCCAAAAAGCGGAAAGAUCAAUUGGGUCGACAAUUGGAGCAAAUUGGCUGUCAAUAUCAAGGGCUUCCCGUGGUAUUCACCUGGGUGGAAGCCAUUCAAGAGAGGUUGUUUCAGUGGAGUCACCACUCUAAAACGGGAGAAAAGGGACGAAAAGCUGCAACGAAGAAUGCCAACUACAAUCCAGGGGUGGAUCUUUGUCCCCAGAUCACCAGUGGGGCGGUGAUUGAAGAUCGAAAAAGUGUUUUUCAAGCCCAUUUUGCAGUGGUCGACAGGAUAGAGCAAGUGGAAGCUAUGCUAGCCAAGCUGAAGACCAAUCGAAAAAUAUCCAAUGCCAAGCAUAAUAUGUUGGCAUAUCGGAUGAAAGCGCAUGAUGGAAGUGUGGUGCAAGACUUUGAUAACGACGGGGAAAAUCAAGGAGGCUCCCGUUUGCUGCAUCUCUUGGAGGCCGCCGGGGCACUCAAUGUGGCGGUGGUGGUGACCCGGUGGUUUGGCGGGAUUCAGAUUGGGCCCGACCGGUUCAAACACAUAAACACCGCGGCCCGCGCGAUUCUCGAGGCUGAAGGAGUCAUCGGCAAAGGUAAUGCCGGCAAAUCCAAACGGAAAAGAGGAUAAAAGAUUUACCCUAUCUUCACGCACAUCCACCGAAAUGUAGAGAUAAAAUAAAACAGGGCUUUCUUUUCACUUA